CUGUGCAGGAGGGGUAGACCGUUAGCAGGGGCACUUUUAUCGUGGGUUCAGGUUUCCGCCCGGCGCUGUGUGACUGGUGCACACUUCCGGCCGUGUCCGGUGACGGCUUUGUGUGGGAUAUUUGGCACUGAAGGAAACAUGGACAAGUUGGAAGGUUACUACUUCUCUGCUCUGUUCAGUGGAUGUUUUCUGCUGUCCAGCUUCCUAUUUUCUAAAGUGACCCGAGAGCAGCGGGACCCGUAUAUGGAUGAAAUCUUCCACAUCCCGCAGGCUCAGCAGUAUUGUCAAGGACACUUCAAACAGUGGGAUCCGAUGAUCACGACCCCGCCUGGCCUAUAUCUGACAUCUGUCGGCAUGGUGAAGCCUGCUGCCUGGCUCUUUGGAUGGAGUGAGACUGUGGUUUGCUCUUCUGGAAUGCUGAGAUUCGUUAACCUCCUUUUUAGUCUUGGCAACCUGUAUAUGUUUUAUUUAAUUCUUUGCAGGAUCCACACUAAGGUUUCAGCGUUGAGAAGAAUCUUGUGCACCCUCACUUUGUAUUUAUUCCCCACUCUCUAUUUCUUUACAUUUCUCUACUACACCGACCCUGGCUCAACGUUUUUUGUCCUGUUCACUUAUUUCAUGUGCUUGUAUGGAAAUCACAAAAGCUCGGCUCUUCUUGGGUUUUGUGCCUUGUGCUUUCGUCAAACAAACAUUAUAUGGAUAGUCUUUUGUGCUGGAAACAUUAUUGCGGAAAAGGUGAUGGAAGCAUGGACGACGCAGUUGAAGAAGAACGAUCAGAAGCCUUCCGCUAAGAAAGCCUCUUUAGAGACCGUAGAGGCUGUAAAAUUUCUCAUCCACUAUUUGCUGAGCUCCCGGAACGUGCUGACCUUGACCCUAUUAACAUGGCCGUACCUCGUCUUAGUGCUGUGUUUUCUUGGUUUUAUAAUAAUUAAUAGUGGCAUUGUAGUAGGAGACAGAAGUAAUCAUGAAGUAUGUCUCCAUUUCCCCCAGUUGUUUUACUUCUUUGCUUUCACUCUAGUCUUUUCAUCUCCUAUUGUCACCUCCAUUCAGAAAAUAAAGGACUUCAUUCGAUCAGUAUGGAGACGUCCGCUCCUGUAUGGAAGCUUGGCUUGCUUAUCUCUGUUCCUCAUCUGGAAGUUCACAUAUGUUCACCAGUAUCUGCUUGCCGAUAACCGCCACUACCCUUUCUACGUCUGGAAAAAAAUAUUCCAGAAACACGAGUUGGUCAAAUACGCACUUGUUCCUGGAUAUGUUUUUGCAGCUUGGAGCUUUGUGGAUGCUCUGAAGACCAAGUCUGCAUUGUGGCUCCUAAUGUUUUUUGUUUGCAUAUUAUUUGCGACGGUUCCUCAGAAAUUAAUGGAAUUCCGAUACUUUAUCCUGCCAUAUCUCAUCUUCAGGCUAAAUACGUCCAUUCCCUCUACAAAUAAGCUUUUUCUAGAGCUGGCACUCUAUGUCUCUGUCAACAUAUUAACAUUUUAUCUGUUUUUGAAUAAAACUUUUCACUGGCCAGAUAGCGAAGAAACACAGAGGUUUAUGUGGUGAGGAGAAGAGUGCUGGCCAAUCAGAUAUCUUGGUUAUGUAUAAACCAGUUAAUCAAUGAUAAAACUGUCAAUUUUUGCAGGGAACCUCAGCAUUCUUUUAGUAAAUAAAAAAAAAUAAUAACUAUGUAUUAACUUGGUCUACACAAUGACAUGGGUUUCAUACCAGGCAGUAGUAGUUGCACAGUACAAUAUUCUGUUGGGUUAAUGAUUUAGCUUUGUGUAGUGCCCAUCUGUAAAUCGGUCUGAUUACAAUAUAUUGAGCCCGGAAGUGGCCUGUGUUCUCUAUGGACUGCCAAUUCGAUAGUGUAGGCAAAAGAGAUCUGAUGAAAGUCAGGGUUAGGGCUUGUUCACAAGAAUGUUUUUAUGCGUUCUGUAUACGGGCCGUUUUUGGUUCUGUAUACAGAACUCAAUUCAUUUCAAUGGUUCUGCAAAAAAAAUAGAACGUAUUUCC